AUGGGACCUGCAUUAGGAUCAAUAAAAUCGAAAGGCUUCCAAGAUAAUGAAGAUGAUAUAUUGGAACCAGAUAUUUCUACUACAGAUUGGAUUAAAUCUAUUGAAAAUACAUUUACAUACGUUUGGUGUGACGCAUCACUUGGUACACCAAAUAAUACUGAUGAUAUUAAAAAUACUGUUAUACAAAUAGCAAAUGUUGUAAAUAAAAAUCGACAACUUGUACAUACAUUUAAUGAAUUAAAUGCUUGUGAAGAUUUUAUUACACGUGUUCAUAAUGUAUGUUUGAUUAUAUCUGGUUCAUUAGGUGAAGUAUUUGUACCAAAAAUUCAUAAUCUUGAUCAAAUACAUUCAAUAUAUAUAUUCUGUUGUAAUAAACCCAAACAUGAAUUAUGGGCGCGACAUUAUGGAAAAAUUUGUGGAGUAUUUACUAAUAUAAAAGAAAUAUGUCAAUCAAUACAAUCUUAUAUUAUUUCAAAAUCACCAGUAUAUUAUGAUCGAAUAAAUUUUAAUAUUAUUAAUAAUGAAACAGGUUCAUCAUGUUUAAUUUAUUCGAAAUUAAUUCAAAUGAUUUUAUUUAAUAUGGAAUCACAUGAUCAUGGUAAACAAGAUAUGAUUAAAUAUUGUCGAAAUGAAUAUACAUCAAAAUAUCAAAUACAAUUAAUUGAUGAAUUUGAAAAAAAUUAUUCAAAAAAUACUCCUAUAUGGUGGUAUACAAGAAAUGGUUUUUUUCAAGGAAUUAUUAAUCGUGCAUUACGUACAAAUGAUCUAUAUGUUUUAUGUUCAAUGUAUCGAUUUAUUAAAGAUAUGAAUUUAACACUUUUACAAUUGUAUGAUAAACGAAAACCAUCAAAUGAACCAUUGAUUCUUUAUUUUGGUCAAGUAUUAUCUGAUUAUGAUUUUGAAACAAUAAGACAAAAUCGAGGUGGAUUAGUAUCUGUUGAUCAAUUUAUAUCGACAAAUCCUGAUAUGAAUGUUGCAGUUUUAUUUAUUAAACAACAAAAUUUUUCAAAAUCAAAUACAAACAGAAUUCGCGUACUUUUUCGUAUUCAUAUUGAUCAAAAAGUUCAACCAAUUGUUCCAUAUGCAAAUAUUGGUGCUAUUAGUGAUUUUGUACAUAUACAAGAAUAUCUUAUAUCAAUGUCAAGUGUAUUUCGAAUUGAUAAAGUUGAAUUAACUGAUACUUCAUCUAUAUGGUUAGUACAAUUAACAUUAAUCGAUAAAAAUGAUAUACAAUAUAAUAAUAUCAUACAAGAUAUAGAAAAUAAACAAUCAGAUGAUAUGAAUUUAUCUGAAUUAGGUUAUACGGUUAAAGAUCGAUUAUCUGAAUUUAAAUCAGCUAAUAAUUUAUUUAAACAAGCAUUACAAACGCAAAAAGAAGAAUAUCGAACAAUUAUUUUACAUUAUAAUAUGGCAGUUAUAUAUGAUGCUAUAAAUGAACAUGAAAAUUCUGUCGAAGAAUAUCGAUGUGUAUUAACAAUGGCACGAAAUUUUAUACAAACAUGUGCUAACGGCGAUGAUUUAUGCUUAGUACCAGUAUUUUCAAAUAUGGCUUUAACUUUUCAACAAGCAAAUAAAUUUAAUGAAGCAAUAACGUUUGCAUUUCGUGCGUUACGUAUUAUUACACAUUCUCAAAUUAAAUCAACAUUAAAUAAAGAACUUGAAUCUUCAUGCUAUUUUAUUCUUGGAUCCAUACAUGAUCGUGAAGGAAAAACUUCUGAAGCGCAAACUUUCUAUAAAAAAGCGCUCAGUAUUCGACAAGAAUAUUUACCAUUAGGUCAUUCAGAUAUAACUGUUUUACAAAGACUUAUUACAUUACUAUGA